UCUCUCUCUCUCUCUCUCCUCGCACAAUCAUUGCAAUUCUUGCGCGCCCUUUCACCGUCAUUUUGCACAGGACAGACGUCGUAUCGUGUCUCUCUCUCUCUAGUGCUUGUGUUUCCCCAGCUCUACUGCAAAUUCGAUGUCUUUUUGGUUUUUGGGUUUCUGGGGUUCGGUUAUCCUCGAUCGACACAUCGGACGCUCGCUCCAAAAUCGGAUUUUUGCUUUGGGUUAAAACUCUGUUUUUUUACGUGCCCCGAAUAAAAAGCUUACUUACAUCAUCAGCCGCUUUUGACUCGCUGUUUCCUUUUUAUUCUAGCCCUCGAUUAGUUGACCCAACUGCUUCCCCCCAGAUCACAUGUCGGCGUGUCUUUUCUGGCACCCUUUUGUACCGACUCUCGGUGAUCCUUCACCGUUGGAAUUGCAUUUAUGAUCUCGGUGUUUUCAGGUGAGGUGUUCCGAAUCGGUCACGGGUGUUGCUCUGGCCAAGAAAAAAAAGCGUGGGUGUCGCUCAAUGAAUGCUGAGUUGAUUUCUCUGUCCGAGGAGUUCGGAGAUAGGAUGAAACUUCUCAUUCUCUAGAUGGUUAUAGUGCUGAAUUUGGGAGUUUCUGUUUGGAAGGGCUUAGGACAUACUGGCAGAAAUGGAAUCCAUCUCUGGUCCUCCCAGUGUUAUUGCAAAAUUAAUGGGGCUGGAGGAUCUGCCAAGUCAGCAUUCUAGCCAGAAACAAUGCAGAGUGCUCUCUGAGGAAUACUUCCAGAGAGUUGCUUCUAUAGCAGUGCGAGAGAAGCGUUCAGACGAGAAGGUUGCAAGGAAGAACUUUGUUAAUGCUGAUGUUUCAAGAAAAUCAUAUGACAUAACUGAAAAUUUUCCAGACACUUUGAGAUGUCAUUUGAAUUGGGGCAGUGAAGCAUGCACUCCUGGAGAAGGUGCUUUAGAAGGACGUUACAAAGAGGAAGACAGCUUUGCACAAAAAUUCGCUUCGCUAAGAUAUAAUGAAGGUCAUCAUGCAGAUUCAGGUGAUGAGAAAGGGCCUUUAUCUUGUCAAAGAUACAACUUUUGUCAUGAGGUAGAAUCUUUUGCACCGAAGCCAAGAGUCUCAAAGGAAAAAGGUGACGAGAUAGUAAUGGAUCUCAGGAGGAGGAUUGGUCAUUCAGGCUUGGUAGGAGCAGAUAUCAGAAAUUCUGAUUCCUCUACAAGAGAGUCUCAGCUGUUAAUGCCAUAUUUUCUCAGUACAUCAGAUAGGAAGAAGAGAAAUCAAUCUUUGACCUCUUCUCCAGAAGAACCAUAUAUGGCUAGAAAGGUCGAGAGGAGAAUCUCGAAAACAUGGAAGAGUACUAAAGAAAAUCAAGAGGUUGGUUGGGCAGGUGGAAGCAGGACCAUUGGGGAAACGGUUUCCACACAUAAAUGUAAUGUUAUGUUUAGAAAUUUCAAUGGUUCUGCUCCAGGCAAUCACACAGGGAGGUUUGGUGCAGUUGAGAAUUUAACUAGUUUCUCUGUAAUUAGUGCUAGAGACUGUUGGAAAACUGGGCGGCUCGGAAAAUCACCAACUUCUAGAUCCUCAUUACCUUCUAUUAUGUUUGCAAGUCCCAGAACCAGGAAGAAAAGUGGUUGCAGCUGGUCUAAAGGACAUGAAUUUUCACAUGAUGUGGUUCGAAGCAGGUCAAGGGAGAAAGAUUUCAAUUGGAAAGACUCCUCAAAAUUAAGAAACUCAGUAUCCCGUCGCAACAACUCCAGAUUUUUGCAUGCACUCAAUCGUGGAGGUUGUGUGUCAGCUCAGGAAAAGAACAAUGCAUUCUCAUUGGAGCCCAAAGUGAUCCUGCAGGAACUGAAGAAUGAGUCGGAUAAGUUGUUCUUUUCAGGAGACUCAAAACAGAAUUUUGUGGCUCUGAAGUCACCCAUGGCUGAAGAUAUUGAUUUCUUCUCUAAUCUUUCAGAGAAUUCAAUUCAACAGGACAUGUCAACUGAAUUUACAGAAGAGGACUCCAUGGCUGUUUGUUGCUCCAGCAUCGAAGCAGUCUCCUUCAAGAGUUUGGAGGAUGUUGAUCAGCCUAGUCCAGAUUCAGUUCUUGAACAUGAAGAAGUUCCAUUUAGCAGCAGCGCUGAUCUCUUUGGUGUUGGGCUGCAAUUUCACCUUUUUAAUUUGGAGCCUUCGGUAGCAUGCUCAGAUGGAACUGGGUCAGGCGAUGGACAUAACAUGGAAUGGCCUUCACAAAUAUCUAAAGAAAGAGAAGAUUUAACAAGGUCGUUUGCUGUUCAGGAAAGUAGCGAUUUCCAUUAUAUCGUUGAUAUUUUGAUCGAGGCAGGUCUUCAUGGUACAAAUCUCGCGACUGGCCUUCAUAAAUGGCACUCCUUAGAAUGCCCGAUAAGCCCCUCGGUUUUUCAGGCCCUAGAAAAGAGAUAUGGUGAGCAGAAGUCUUGGAAAAGGUCGGAAAGGAGGCUCCUAUUCGACCAAAUAAACUUUUUCUUGACAAAAUUUCUCCAUUCAUUUUUGGGUGUUCCAGCACAAGGAAUUCCUGUAUCGACAAGGAUUAGGAGCAGUCUUACUAGAGAUGCCAUUGAGGAAGUGCUCUGUGAAUUUCUAGUCAGACAGGUUAGACAACUGAGAAAGGAGUCGAUUGAACAGCUGCUGGAAAAUGAUUUUAAGUCGUUAGAUUUAGGAGAUUGUUCAGAUUCUAUUCUCGUAGAGAUAGAGAGGCUAGUGAUUGAUGAGCUCGUGGCAGAGGUCAUCAGCUUGUAAAUGGUGCUUGUGAGGCUUUGUUUUGAUUCUUGGCUUGUAUUUUUUCAAUAGAGGGAAAUCAAUACUUACAA